AUGGCUCAGACCAGUAAAGAGCCAUGUAAGAAACAGGCUUGCGAUAUCCAAGCUUGCCUCUCCAAGAACAAUUUUCUUCCCCAGAAGCGAAACCACAGCAGUAUUGAACGUGUCGAGGGCCUGCAUUCAGAACUCACCAAUUAUGAAGAAAAAAAAAAAGGAAUUUUCGAGAAAUUUACCUGGCUCGGUGGCAAGAUCCCACACUUCCUUGACAGAUUGGAUAUCACGUUCUUGAGGGGCAUGCAGCACAAUGGCAGUGGACCCCACAACACACAAAGCACAGCCGAGAAUACCAAAAAUGUGCAGUCUCUCUUGCAAGAUGAUGAAAAGGUGUUGGGAGCAAACAUGGCAUCGUGCCUGAUAAUGAUGCUGAGGGCGCCAAGAGGGGUAACAACAAUGGCUGGAGCAAAUGCAUACGCUGCGAAAUUCGCUAUUUCUCCUACAAUCACUGUCACAUGCACCAAAUAA